AUGGACCCGCGUCACCACGAUAACAACGGCUUCCAGAUGCCUCAGAUAUCCGCGCCUCCGCUAAUCAAUGCACCGCCCCAGAUCUUCGGCGCCUAUAGCGCCGAUGGGAUGCAAAUGCCCGCGAACAUCCCAGAUCUACCACAUGGUAUCUUUGGAGAUGGAACAUUGCUGGACGAGAGUAACGAGGCCAAACGGAGGAGGAUCGCGCGGGCUUGCGAUAUGUGUAGGAAGAAGAAGAUCAAGUGCGAUGGAAAGAUGCCAGCCUGCUCGCACUGCAUAAAUUAUAAGACGGAAUGUGUCUUCACUCAGGUGGAGAAGAAGAGGAAUCCUCCCAAGGGCGCAAAAUAUAUUGAGGGGCUCGAAAACAGACUAGGAAGGAUGGAAAGCCUGCUUAAGCUCUCUGGGCUUCUCAAGGAGGAUGACAAUGGGCGAACAGACUUGGGCACAUUGGAGAAACGGCUUGCGGAAAACCAGGCCCAGAGAGCCUCCCAAGCACCAACCUCAAACCCUACGUCCCCAUCACCAAGCUCGCACACAGAGGCAAACAACUCUACUCCUCGAAGCAACAUUGCGUCGCCCGAACCAAUCAAAAACGGCGACAAUCGUCAUCCAUUGACCGAGCAGAAGCAAGGGGAGGGAGUUGAGGAGCUCUCUGACAUGAUGUGCUCCUUAGUCACGAACAACUGUGGCGAGACCCGAUACAUAGGUUCCUCUUCCGGGUUUUCUAUUUUCUCACCCAAGGGAAUCCAAUGGGUCAAUCAAAAGACGGGUGACUCCUCCUUCCAGGAGAUGAUCUCGUCAGCUUCAGUAGACGAAAAUAAGUCCGUGUACUGGAAACCGGAAGUAUUUGGAGAUUUAUUCCAAAGGCGGAUAUUCAAGCAACUGCCGCCUAAGAAUGAAUGCGUUUCCUUAAUGAAGGACUACUUCGAGAAUUUCAACUGCAUGUUCCCGCUUUUCCACCAACCAACGUUCAUGCACCUGGUUGAUAGACAGUACUCUCGAGAUCCAUAUGAAGGCUCAGGAUGGUGGGCAAGUUUGAAUGUUGCCCUUGCCAUAGCUCAUAGACUUCGGGUUGUGAGUAAUCUCGUACCCGCUGAAGAAGAUGAGAAGGCGUGGGGGUAUUUGAAGAAUGCUAUGGGUGUUUUCACCGAGCUGACGCUGCGCAACACUGAUCUUCUCAGCGUCCAGGCCCUUCUAGGAAUGGCUCUUUUCCUGCAGGGAACGCCUAAUCCGCAACCUUCCUUCUUUCUUGUGGCAGCUGCCAUCCGCUCGUCCCAUACCAUUGGGUUGCAUAAGAAAGGAUCGGGCUUCAACCUGAACCCCGUUGAGAUUGAGCAGCGAAAACGAGUGUUUUGGAUCGGGUACAUGUUGGACAAGGACAUUUGCCUGCGGUCAGGACGUCCUCCGGUGCAAGACGACGACGACUGGAACGUUGAAUUGCCAAGCGCGGAUCCCGAGGAUAACAUAGGCAAUAUUCCUUUGGCCGAUGGAAAGGGCAAGGUCAAUCUUUUCCGUCUGAUGUGUGAGUUCACUACUAUCGAGAGCAAGGUAUAUAAGCAGCUCUAUUCCACCAAGGCCGCCAAGCAAUCCGAUGGGGAGCUUCUCAACACCAUCGGAGAACUAGAUAGGCAGCUCGAAGAAUGGAAGGACAGCAUACCUAUUGACUUCCGUCCGGAACACGAGAUCAAGGCCUCGCAUACCCCAUUAAUCCUCCACGUUGUGGUUCUUCACUUUGCAUAUUACAACUGUCUUACUACUAUCCACCGCAUGUCAAUCCAUCACGGAUACUGGACUAGUCGGUUGUCCAACUACGCUAUCCAGGGUCUGAACGCCAGACCACUGAAUCCUCGUGUGUUCUCAUCCGCCGCUUUAUGUGUAUCCGCUGCACGAGCGUCAAUUCACCUCAUAAAAUACGUCCCGCAAGGAGAUUUUGCAUGCGUCUGGCUCAUUUUAUACUUUCCUGUCUCAGCUCUUGUAACACUAUUUGGAAAUAUCCUGCAAAAUCCCCAAGAUCCAAGGGCCCAGUCAGAUGUCCGGUUAAUGAACCUCGUCGUUAGCUUUCUGUCGAUGCUGGGCAACGAAGAAGAAAAUGGAGGGGUAAAACGAAUGCUGGGAGUCUGUUCCGAAUUUGAAAGGAUUGCUAAAGUCGUUUUGGACAAGGCGGAAAAGGAUACCUCAUCGAGGAGAAAGCGCAAAAGCCACGAAGACCAUGUCGCAAAAGCAAGGCAAAAUGGAAUUUCUAGUUCUGGACCUCCUCCGCAGACAUCGAUGCCGAGCAAUGCCCACACGCCCAAUGCCCACACGCCCAAUGCCCACACGCCCAAUGCCCAUACACCCGCCAUGGCAGGAUUAUUUUCUCCGGGAAUCGACAGUCAAAUGAAUCUACAACAGAACGCGUUUGGCUCUAGUCCAAUGGGUACGAAUGGAUCGCCGCCCCCCGGAACCUGGCAGACUGAAUUCGGUAGUGACUACGCCACUCCGGCAUCAGGCAUGAAUUCCCUCCCAGAUAUGGGAUAUACUAACGGCAAUGGGGUGAACUCGCCUCUCAACAUCAACUCUUUCCAACAACCCUUCGUGCCUCAAGAUUUGUGGCAGAUGCCCAUGACACUGGAAUGGGAUUGGGCGGACAUGACGGGUGGUGCAUACCCAAGUUUUGAGAAUGGCGUUAUGGGGGACCCGGCCUUGCAGAAUAAAUGGUCAUAUGGCUGCAUGCCUAUGGCUGAUGUAUCAACCCAUAAUUCUUGUUAUUAUUGCACCAUAUUAGAGCGUCUGGCCUUUGAAGUUCGCAAUAGUGGAAAUAUCUAUCUAAGCCCCAACUACAAGGUUUAUCCGUGCUACCUACGAAGUACUCCAAGCAUGACCUCCAUAGUACGGCAGUCGAGCAGCACGUUCGCUAGAAUAUCUAGAUCCUCUCUCCAACGCGCCACCCGCUCAUCUCUCCGAACAUCAAACCACGCACCAGCAUUUGCAUCGCAAGUAUCAGCGUACCAAGCUCGAUCUUUUGCAAGCAAUCCGCCUAAGAAGCCGAAGAAGGAUAACAAUGGCGCAAAGAAGGAAGAGUCCAAGGUAGCAGGGAAAAAGGGUGCUUCCGAGCAACCCAUCAAACCUACACCAGGAACAGAGAAUCUUGACAAUGAGCAAACACCACUAUCGCCGAAAGAUGGAGAAGAGGGGCCUCCCGAGACCCCUCUGCCAGAGGGGAUGACGCCGUUGAAUCCGGAGGAUCAGAGGGCGAUGGAGGAACUACUCGAUACGCUGAAGAAGGGCUUACCAAAAGGGCAGGUAGAGAUCAUUGAAAAGUCGUUUGAAGCGAUGAAGCAAGAUGGUAUCCCUAAAGAGCUAAGAGAGCUGAUGGACGAUAUGAGGGGGAAGCCAAUGACUCUUGCGGCAGCGGCGAAAUUGACACGGUUGACCAGCCAGCUAGCCCGGAAGCAGGCGGAGAGGGAUAUGGGAGAUAAGGGCACGGAUUUUGAGAGUAAAGAGCCAAAAGGUGCGGAAGGUGGUGCUGGUGGCUCCCCACCACCCGGAGGGGAUGGAAAGAAUAAGAAACAGGGCGGGUUUAAGACCUCGGAGAUCAAGAUUGAUACGAGCUCGUUAAUAUUGUCUGCUUUUGUCUCAUACCUUAUGUACAGGAUGGUUAUGCCGGGCGAGACCGGGCGAGAUAUCACCUACCAAGAAUUCCGCAGCACAUUUUUCGAUAAGGGACUUGUGGAGAAGCUCACGGUUCUCAACCGAGAUCGAGUGCGAGUCGAGCUACACCGCGAGGCUACCCAGGCCAUGUACCCCGACUCUCCGGCGGCCAAUCCUAGCUUCCACUACUACUUCUCAAUAGGCUCAGUUGAAUCUUUUGAGCGACAAUUAGAUGAAGCACAGAACGAGCUUGGAAUCCCCAGUUCAGAACGGAUACCGGUCAGCUACAGCACUGAUACCGAUGCAUGGGCUCUCAUGUUAAGUUUUGGCCCUACGGUUCUUUUUAUUGGGGCCAUCUUCUAUCUUUCAAGGAGAGCUUCUUCGGGAGGUGGGGGUGCAAAUGGUGUCUUUGGCAUGGGGAAAAGCCGGGCCAGACAAUUCAACCAUGAGACGGAUGUCAAGGUCAAAUUCAAAGAUGUUGCCGGCAUGGAUGAAGCAAAGCAAGAAAUUAUGGAGUUUGUUGCCUUCCUGAAGACACCCGAGCGCUUCCAAAGGCUUGGUGCUAAAAUUCCCCGAGGAGCUAUUCUUUCUGGCCCCCCCGGUACUGGUAAGACUUUGCUAGCAAAGGCUACUGCGGGAGAGUCACAGGUGCCUUUCUACACGGUCAGUGGUUCUGAGUUCGUGGAGAUGUUCGUUGGUGUUGGUGCGUCAAGAGUCAGGGAUCUCUUCGCUAUUGCAAGGAAAAACACGCCUUGUAUUAUCUUCAUUGAUGAAAUAGAUGCAAUUGGCAAGUCUCGUGGCAAGGGCGGCUCUUUUGGUGGUGGGAACGAUGAACGAGAGGCGACAUUGAACCAGAUUCUGACUGAAAUGGAUGGCUUCAAUACUUCCGAGCAAGUGGUCGUCCUCGCUGGUACCAACAGGCCGGAUGUGCUUGACAAAGCAUUGAUGCGUCCUGGUCGCUUCGACAGACAUAUCGCAAUUGACCGACCGACGAUGGAAGGCCGGAAGCAAAUCUUCCAAGUCCACUUGAAGAAGAUUGUCACGAAUGAAGAUAUUGAAUUCUUGACUGGGCGUCUAGCGGCUCUCACUCCUGGGUUCUCGGGCGCCGACAUUGGCAACUGUUGUAACGAGGCCGCUCUAAUAGCUGCACGGACAAAUGCUCAAUUCGUAGUAAUGAAGCACUUCGAGCAAGCAGUUGAACGUGUCAUUGGCGGACUGGAAAAGAAAUCGCUUAUACUUUCGCCUGAAGAGAAGAGGACAGUUGCCUACCAUGAGGCUGGCCACGCCAUCUGUGGUUGGUACUUCAAAUACGCCGACCCGCUCCUCAAAGUGUCUAUCAUUCCUCGCGGCCAAGGUGCCCUUGGGUAUGCGCAGUACCUCCCUGCCGGUGACACCUACCUUAUGAAUGUAAACCAGCUCAUGGAUCGGAUGGCGAUGACGCUCGGCGGCCGAGUAUCAGAAGAAUUACACUUCGACACCGUGACCUCUGGCGCGUCGGAUGACUUUAACAAGGUUACACGAAUGGCUACAGCCAUGGUUACAAAAUGGGGCAUGAGCAAGAAACUAGGCCCCUUACACUUCGAAGACGAUGAGCAGAAAUUACACAAGCCCUUUGCAGAAGCAACAGCUCAAACUAUUGACUCCGAAGUCCGGAGGAUAGUGGAUGAAGCGUACCAACAAUGCACAGAUCUUCUCAAGGAAAAGAAGAAAGAGAUCGGGAUUGUGGCAGAGGAAUUGCUCACCAAGGAGGUUAUUGGCAGAGAGGAUAUGGUGCGCUUGCUUGGCAAGCGGCCGUUUGAGGAUAACAAGGACUUCAUCAAGUACUUCGGUGGCCAGAAAGGAGAAAAAAGCGCGCCGCCACCGUUCCAAACAGAGAACACGGAUUCCCCUCCAGACGACUCGGCAACCCCAGCAUAA